AUGUCUAAGUAUCUCCGGCUUGCAACCGCUGCCUUUUUUGCCAUUGUCCUAGCUCGCGCUGCGGUAACGUCAGAGCCGUACGUGUGGGAGAAUGUCAAGAUAGGAGGAGGUGGAGGAUUCGUCCCAGGCAUAGUUUUCAACCCUAGCGCAAAGGGCCUUGCUUUUGCUAGGACAGACAUCGGUGGUGCAUACCGCCUCAAUGCAGACGAUUCAUGGACCCCUUUACUUGAUUUCGCUGAUGAUACACAUGCAAAUUACUGGGGCACAGACGCUAUCGCCACCGAUCCAGUCGACCCCGACAACCUUUAUAUAGCAGUCGGCCUAUAUACGAACUCCUGGGAUCCUAACAAUGGAACUAUCCUCAUCUCCCAUGACCGCGGUGACUCGUUCACCGCUGUUCCGUUUCCAUUCAAAUUUGGAGGGAACAUGCCAGGUCGUGGACUUGGUGAGCGACUUGUCGUCGACCCAAACAAUAACAAAAUCAUUUACUUUGGAGCUCGUUCGGGACAUGGCUUGUGGAAGUCGUCCGAUGCAGGCCAGACAUGGGCGAAUGUGACAAACUUUCCCUCUGUCGGCACCUACGCUCAGGAUCCAUCCGACUCAUCCGGUUAUGGUAGCGACAUCAUGGGCAUUGCUUGGAUCGCCUUUGACAAGAACUCUGCGACUUCAGGAGGAUUAAGUAGAAUUUUCGUGGGAGUUGCGAAUAUGGGCUCAGAUAACGUUUUCGUCUCCGAGGAUUCUGGUGCAACGUGGAGUGCCGUCGAGGGUCAAAGAAAUGACUUCAUCCCUCAUCAUGGUGUUCUCUCACCCGCAGAAGAUGCACUCUACAUACCCUACGCGAAUGGCAUCGGACCCUGGGAUGGUACUGCCGGAUAUGUCAUGAAGUACUUCAUCUCGAACAGUAGUUGGGUAGACAUCACCCCUGCACAAGGCAUUGCCGACAAUAGCUAUGGUUAUAGCGGCCUGUCAGUCGACCUUCAAAAGCCCGGAACGGUCAUGCUUGCUCCAUUCAAUGAAUGGUAUCCUGAUGCAAACAUAAUGCGUUCUACAGACGGUGGUGCUUCGUGGACUCAGAUCUUUAGUUCCGGUUAUCCUCCACCGGACUACUCUCUAGCAAUCUACCCAAACUAUAACUACAACGUGUCUAAGGCGCCAUGGAUCACGACUUUCAUGACAGGCAACACGGACACGCUCGGUUGGGGAAUUCAAGGACUGGCAAUCGAUCCCUUCGACUCGGACCAUUGGCUCUAUGGCACAGGGCUUACAAUUUACGGUGGGCAUGAUCUAAGAAACUGGGACGCAAAUCCACGAAAGAAUGUUACGGUUGCUAGUUUGGCAGAUGGGGUUGAAGAAACUGCACCUCAAGCCUUGACUGCUCCUCUGUCUGGCCCGAAGCUUGUAUCAGCUGUUGGCGAUGUUGGUGGUUUCGUGCACACAGACUUGACAGAGCCGCCUCCGACAUUCACGAACCCAAUCUGGUCUGGGACUGCGACUGGUGUUGAUCAUGCUGGUGCUAAUCAUUCUAACAUCGUUCGUCUCAGUGGAAUCGCCGGUUCAAGCUCAGUAUCCGUCGCCACUUCAACCGACGGUGGACAGACAUGGUCUCCGUAUGCUGGAUCUCCGUCCAUAUCGGACAACAUUUACGAUGGAAAGAUCGCGAUGUCAGCGAACGGUGAUACCCUCCUUUGGACACAAGCAACCGGUUUCUCUGGUGUCAGGUUCUCGAAGAACGGAUCACCAUUCACUGAUUCCAAUGGUCUGCCGAGUGGAUCUACUGUCCAGAUCGCGUCUGAUAAACUGAACAAUACUGUUUUCUAUGCUGGAGUAGGAUCCGAAUUCUUCAUUUCGGUCGAUGGUGGCGAGGCAUUCACGCAGAAGAAUGUAUUGGGCAGUUCAACUAAUACAUUACAGAUUGCGGCCAGUCCUUUCAAUGCGGGCGAGAUCUUUGUCUCGACAGACCGCGGCAUUUGGCAUUCGACGGACUUCGGAACUAAUUUCACAGAGCUCGCUGGUCCGACUGCAGCAUGGAGUAUUGCCGUGGGGAAAGCCAAGGAAGCAAGUAGUCCCCCUGCGUUUUAUGCUGCCGCAACCAUUGAAGGAGUGAGCUCGUUGUUCAGAACAGACGACCUUGGUAUCAACUGGGCCAAAUUACCGACAAAAGACAAAGCCCUCUUAUCUGCAUCAAACAUGGUACUCGCCGCGGAUCCGAACGUGUACUCGCAGAUCUUUGUUGGUGCUGGUGGGAGAGGUAUUUUCGUCGGGCAUGCAUAA